CUUGCGGUGGAGCAAUAAAACCUCUGACAGUAGUUCAUUCAAUACUUUAAAGUAUGUAUUUAAUCACAAACUACCUAACAUACAACAUGAAAUGUGAAAAGAACAUACCGCUAUAAAUACAUAUUCCAAAUAAACCGACGCUCAACGAAGCGACUGAAAAAAACGUCAUGAUUUUUGCACAUGCGCGUUAAAGGGGAAACAGGGGGAACUGAAUUCUCCGUAACACCGGUCCCAAGCCCGGAUAAAAAGGGAGGGUUGUGUCAGGAAGGGCAUCAGGCGUAAAACUGUACCAAAUCCCGCAGGCGACCCCUAACGGGAAGAAGCCGAAAAAAUGCCGACCCCGUAACCGAAAAACGGGACAAAGGCUGAGGAACAAGAAGAAGAUGUGUAAUCAUAUUUGUGUGAUGGAGACAAAAGGAAGGCAUGCAGUACUAUUUAAUAUCAGUAUCUUUGUUUAAGGUUUUUAAAAGGGGGGCUAGCAGUCACUAAAAAUACAAAUAUGGAGCAGAAAUAAGAAAUUACAUAUUGGGCUUGAAGCCAUCCCAGUCAAAAUCUGUGACUCUAAACCUGGCCUUUAUAGCAGCAACAUGUCGACGAGCAAAGUUGCACUCGUGACCGGCUCAAACAAAGGCAUAGGGUUGGCAGUGGUGCGAGCACUGUGCAAGCAAUAUGAUGGAGAUGUGUAUAUGACAGCCCGGGACGUCAGGCGUGGGACAGCAGCUGUGGAGGCACUAAAGGCAGAGGGGCUGUCUCCACUUUUUCAUCAGCUGGAUAUCGCAGACCCGGCCAGUGUGCGAGCAGCACGUGACUUCUUCAAAGCACAGUACAAUGGAGUGGAUGUGCUUAUCAACAAUGCGGGCAUUGCAUUUAAAAAUGCUGAUAAAACACCUUUUGGGAUCCAGGCUGAAGUGACUCUGAAGACCAACUUCUUUGCCACCAGAGAUAUGUGCAAUGAGUUUCUCCCAAUCAUCAAAUCAGGGGGAAGGGUGGUGAACGUUUCCAGUGUGAUGGGUUCCAUGGCUCUGAACCGCUGCAGCCCCGACCUCCAGGCCCACUUCCGCAGCGAUGACAUCACUGAGGAGGAGCUGGUGGGGCUGAUGGAGCGCUUCGUAAAGGAUGCUCAGGAAGCCGCUCACACCCAAAGAGACUGGCCUGAGACUGCAUAUGGUAUCUCCAAGACCGGCCUUACGACUCUGACCAGGAUCCAGGCUCGGAAACUGACUCGGGAGAGAGCUGGAGAUCAGAUCCUGUGCAAUGCCUGCUGCCCUGGCUGGGUCAGGACAGAUAUGGCAGGGCCUAAUGCUCCGAAGUCGCCAGAUGAGGGCGCCAUCACACCAGUCUAUCUAGCUCUGCUGCCUCCUGGGGCCAGUAAACCCCAUGGGCAGUUUGUGGCAGAAAAGACGGUGCAGCCUUGGUGAGCCCGUGUGUGUACGUGUGUGCAUUUUGUAUUCUAUCUUUAACUCUGUCGAUGAGGUGUGCUGGUCUUUACUCAGUUGAAGUCAAUACGCUUGGUUGGGACAUGUAUGGUACAGCAGCUGUUUUUUUUUUUCUUUUUCUCUGAACUUAAGUUCUGUUAUAAUUUAGAAGCUGAUGGAUCUUCAGUUAAGUCAGCUGCACACUGGCAUGGGCUUUAUGGCUGCCACACAUAAACAAACCUUUCUGGGCAUUUUUUGAGGUACUUGGUUCAAUAUUCAGUUACAAAUCCCAAGACCUCUGUAAAAAACAUGUAUCUUGCCAGUGUAUGUAAACCUUUGACUUUAACUGUAUUUUAUAUAGCUAUUCCAAUAUAUAAAUCACUUGCCUAUUUUUAUCUAUAGAUUAAUGACACUCCCUGAAAUAAAAUGGGUGUGUGUGUCACUCCAAGUAAUUCAAACAUUCGUACACACAGUGACCCAAAUCCAGUUUCAAUAAACACCAACAUACACUAAUGUGGUCAUUAUAUUGUUGGUAUAAAUACAGCGUUUUAUGGUGCUCAGUUGGUGCAGCAGUCUAUUAUGGUAGUCCACCAAUGUAUAGAUUCGGGUUUGAAUCUCAGUGGUGCUCUAGCCCAUUUAAGCUUCUACACAGACAUGAUUGGCUAUGUCAGUAUGGGGGAUGGCCAAAGUCCUGCCACAGAUUGGCACCAUGUCCAGGGUAUUCCUGCCGCAUGUUUCCUGGUAAAACCGGACCAGCAGUGACCCUGACCAGGAUAAAGUGGUUGUUGAAAACGAAAUGAACUACAGCAUUAUCAUUUCAAUCUAAAUGUUGAUUUAUAUUUUUGUUCUUUGACUAUAACAUAAAAGCUUUUCAUGUUCAGGUGCUUUUAAUAUGCUUGGAAAUAUGUAAUGGUACAUCAUGUGUGUUACUGACUAAUAAACUUCAUAAAUAAAGGGAUUAAAAAUAAAA